AUGCGUGGUUGCCGACAUUCGGGUGUGCGGGUAAUAGUGCCUCCGAGGUGUGCUCCAAGUCCUACAAGAAUAACAUGCAGAUAUGUGCGACCGCAGCGAACGCCUCAUCCGCCGCCCCUCAUGGAGGGAGAAGCUCUGGCGAGUAGAGUGCUGGAAUUGGGGCCAGUGGGAGCAAGAUUCUUAGGGCCUGUGAUAAUAGAAGUACCCCAUUUUGCUGCCCUGCGCGGUAAAGAACGUGAAAUUGUGAUACUUCGAUCUGAUAAUGGCGAGUCGUGGAAGGAACACUCUGUAGAUGCCAGUGAAGAAAUCCUUAACCAAGUACUACACGAUAGUUUCGAAGCAGAUGAUCUUAGUCAACUAGAAGAUGUGUCCUCGGGGCGAAUAACCAGGAUAGUAACCCAAGAUUUCCCACAGUACUUCGCAGUCGUAUCUAGGAUACGACAAGAAGUACACGCCAUCGGUCCUGAAGGCGGUAUGGUGUCAAGCACGGUAGUACCACAAGUCCAAGCGGUAUUCCCUGAGGGAGCGCUCACCAAGAAAAUUAAAGUCGGCCUUCAGGCCCAACCAAUAGAUCCAGAACUAACAGCAAAACUUCUCGGACACGGCGUUGCCGUCUCUCCGGUCGUGACCGUUGAGCCGAGAAGAAGAAAAUUCCACAAGGCCAUCACGUUGAGUAUGCCCGCACCCAGAGCCCAUUCACAAGGAAUGAUCAACCAGUAUUCCGGAUCAGCUCCUACCCUAAGGCUGCUUUGUUCAAUAACCGGUGGAACGACAAGGGCACAAUGGGAAGAUGUCACCGGGUCCACACCGCUAACGUUCGUCAACGACUGUGUAUCAUUCACUACGACCGUGUCGGCCAGAUUUUGGCUCAUGGACUGUAGAAAUAUUGGCGACGCUACCAAAAUGGCAACCGAGCUUUACAAGGAAGCUAUACACGUGCCAUUCAUGGCGAAAUUCGUCGUCUUCGCAAAACGAGUAGAUCCCCUGGAAGCAAGACUGAGAGUAUUUUGUAUGACCGACGACAAAGAGGACAAGACUCUAGAACACCAAGAACAUUUCACUGAAGUGGCAAAGAGUCGAGACGUUGAAGUGCUAGAAGGAAAACAACAGUACGUGGAAUUCGCAGGAAAUUUGGUGCCUAUAACGAAGAGUGGGGAACAAUUGUCAUUUGCCUUCAGAGCUUUUAAGGAAAAUCGGCUUCCGUUUUCUGUUAGAGUCAAAGACCAACAUGCUGAAGCUGUUAGCAGAUGCCUGUUUAUGAAAGAACCAAAGGUGCCGAAGGGAGAACCUCCUCAACAACCAAUAUGCAUCCUUAACAUAGUCCUACCAGAAGAUAUAGUUACAGACACUAUAUCUCUUACUGAUAGUGACUCAAUCAAACACUACAGAUUCUUGUCAGAGAACUUCGACUAUUAUAGACCUGACCCCAGACUGGCAGACAUGAGCAAUCUACUUGGUGAAGACUGGGUACCUUUAGCCAACCAACUUGGACUUACUACGUCAGAAAUUAACGUUAUAAAAUCUGAGUAUCCUGAUAGUGUCGCUAAGCAGGCGCAGAGCAUGUUAAGGAUGUGGUUGUCACAGACCGGCAAUAAGGCUCAGACAAAUACUUUAGAAAACGCUCUGAAGAGGAUAGGAAGAGAGGACAUAAUACCUCAGUGCCUAAAUGUUGACCAUGGAGGUCAAACAAUCACUAGGAUAAAACACGAGGAGAUAGGAAAAUAUAGACUGAAAAAAGAUAUAGAUAGUUUAGAAAAAGGUGCUGUGAAAGAUGACGUUGCCCCGAGAGCUGUGGCCGACACGCAAGAAGCUACGCGGUUUGGAAUAAAAGAUAAAUACUCAGCGGAAGAAAAAGUAGUCGUAAAGUCUGAUGAGGACGAGGAAGAUGAACAAUUCGAUAAACCAGUGGCAGAGCGACGAGAAAAGAUCGAAAAACGUCUCUCAGCUGAAAGAAGUAUUCCUGCGUCUUCGCAACGCCGUGAAAUCGUCCAAGAAAUCACGACGAUCAAACAACAAAGCCUGGUAGAGGACAAAUUGGCGGAGGUGAAAGAGAAAAUAAAAACAGAAGAAACAACAAAAACCACAGUAACUAAAACGACGAUCUCACCGGAUACUAAAACGGUUUCUAAAACUAUUGAAGUAAAAACCACACUACCAUCUGAUUCGACAGUUUCGGAACCGAUUUUGUCUCCUCCAGAGACCCACGUUAGCAAAACCACCAUAGUAACGGAAACACGCACAAUUGAAGAACCAUCGCACAAGGUGCCAGAAGACGCGGAAUUAUUGGAGAAAGUAACACAGAGCUUCGAGAAGAAGAAACCCAUUCCACAGUUGAUCGCUGACGAAGAUCCCAAAUCUCCGAAGUUCUCCAAAACUCCACCUCCAAGUCCAGCCGACUUUAUACUUAGAGAACAGGCAGCCUCAGCUCAAGGAUGGGAAGCCUCACGACAGUCGCUUAACUUGGAGCCAACACCUCCAACACUAAUCAAAGACGCAGCACAGCAAGGAAAUCGUACCGAAGAAAAAUCAUUAAGCCAAAGCCUUAUUGGUUUUACUACCGACCGACCAUUCGCUAACAAAAAAGCAGUUUACGAUUUAACUAAUGCUCUAAUUCAGUCUGAGUCACGCGCAGAACCCUAUCAUACUCAUACAGAGAAACAUUAUAAACUCGACUUGGAAAAACCUCUAACAGACGAUGAGUCUGCUCCUCAAAAAGAUGAUAAAAAACGAAAAAGGGGUAUUUUCGGUACUAUUAAGAAUUUUGUCGGUAAAUCAAUCGAAUCCGAUUCAGAAUCUGAAAAGUCAUUACCCAAAAAAGAAAAGAAGAAGAAGGACAAGAAGAAGAAAUCAAGCGAUCUUCCUCCCGAACUUCCUAUAUCCGCACCUAGAAAGCCAAAACUACCAACGCCACCGUUAGAUACGAAAUAUGACGAUAUUCCAUUCGUCGAAGCAUCUCCAACCGACAUUUCCGACCACAAAAUUGAAAUUACAAAAACCUAUAAUUUCCCAGUAACCGAUUUGGAUGAGAUAGAGGCUGGAGUACCACCCAACAUAACACAUAAAGCUAGAGAGAUAGUACACGCCGUAUUAUCAGAUGGGGAGCAAACGGCUAGAGAUAGACGUUCCAAAUCUCCGAAGAAACAAAAAACGAUUAUUAUUGAAGAGAAAGUUACGAAAACAUUUGCACCGCUAACUAUCGAAGAAGAAGAAUUUACGAUAACUAUAGAUCCUACCAAAAAGGAUUCGCCAAAGAAAACAAGAGAAAUAUUUACAUUAAAUAUUGACGAAAGCGAAGCACAAAUCGAGAAGGAAAUUUUAGAAAAGUCUCCAAUUUUGCCUGAAGAGAGUCUUAUCAAACCAAUAGUACAUAUACAAGAGCCUGUAAGACCAAUCCGAAGCCAUGUCUAUGAAGACAUCUUAGAACCCCAAGUUUGCUUAUAUCCCGAUAAAAGACUAGAUCCUGAUCAUAUUAAAAAAGCCACUCAUGACCUAAUUCAAAAUGAAAUUAGUUUUACUGGAUGGUCAGAUGAUAAACACAACAUAUUUAAACCUUUAACAUUACAACCUGAUGACGCUGAAGUAAAAGAAGUAGAAGGUAACGUAACAGAUAGUCUAAAAAUGAAACGUAAACACGGUAAACUCUUUGGUUUGUUCGGAAAAACUUCCAAAGACAUCGACGAUUCUGAAGAUGAAAGCAGCCGUAGAGAAGUUAUUGAAAAACAAGAUAAAGAAACCUCGAAAGAAGUUUUAGCAGAAUCUAAUAAGCCAAGAGAAGAUUUGCCCAAAUCUCCUAAAAUAAAGAAAAGUAAAAGUAAAGAAAAAGAGGAUAAAAAAUUCUUAGGAAUAUUCAAAAUUAGUAAACAAGACACUCAGAAACCAACAUUUUCGGAAUCUACAAUCAAAAAUAUGAUAGAUUCCACUGCGUUUUUGAAGGAAGAAGUUGACAAAUACCACGAUGUGCGGCCACUGAAAGUAUCACCGGAAGAUAAAACAACUAAAAUUCAACCCAGCAUUAUAUCAGAAGUUACUGAAAUUAAAGCACAAACAUCUUUAAGUGGAAAACAUGAAGCUGAACUUAUUGUAAAAGACAAAACGACAAAACUUAUUUCCGAUAGUCCAGUACAGUCAACAGUGAUUAAACAAAUACCUCAGGAAAUUUCACUUAUAUCUAAAGAAGAACAUAAGUCUGGUUUCUUUGAUGUUUUCAAAAAGAAAGAUGAUACUGAAAAACAUAAACCAGAAACAAUUUUAUCUGCUGAUACUAUAAGAGACAUGAAUGACUGUGAAAUAUUCCUAAAAGACGAAAUACAUCGAUAUCACGAUGUCAAACCGGUCACAAAACCAAAAAGAGAAAGUAGCCCUACUAAAAUAAUUACAACGGUGGAAGAAACUAAGAAAGUAACCAAAAAAGUCGAAACCACCGUUGAAUCUGUUGCUGAUGACUUCGUAGUCAGUAGAGAGACUACCUCCGUCAUACACAAAGGACCAAAAGAGCAGAUUGUUACAGAAACUACUUUAGUAAAGAAACUAAAGAGUGAUAUGGAAAUCCAAGAUGACAAAAAAACAGGUACAACAGAAAUGAAAUCGCCGGAGAAAUCCAAACACAUCGAUGAAGAAGAACAUAAAAAAGGUUUGUUUGGAGGUAUGUUUAAGAAGAAAGACAAGUUGCCAGGGGUAGAUUCUAAAAUCAAGUCUCCCGGAAAAAUUAUUUUAUCUGAUUUAACGAUUGAAAAUAUGGAGAAUAGCAAUAAUUUCUUAAAAGACGAAAUUGAAAAGUAUUAUGAUGUGCGCCCACUUAUUGAGUACAUAUCUACAGAAGAAUCAAAACCAAUUUCUCAAGGAAUAUCUAAAAUUGAAUCCGACCACAAAGAACAACCUUUAACUAAAAAAAUAAAAGAUAAAAAAGAAAAAGAUUCUAAUUUCUUUGGAGUAUUUAAGAAGAAAGAAUCUGCAGAAAAAGGCAUAAUACCAGACUUAAAAACUACUGUAGAGAUAAAACCAUCUCUUUCUCCCGAAAUCGUUAAAAGUAUGGACGAAAGCCACAAAUUUUUAAAAGAUGAAAUUCAAUGGUAUCAUGAUGUUCGUCCUAUUAGUACUCAAUUGGUGAAGGAAAAGGAAACUGUUGUUCAUGAAACUAUGGUAAACAAUGAUAAAUUAUCGCCUAAAAAAGAAAAAGUUAAAGAAGUCAAAGAAUCUUCUGGCGUAUUCAGCAUAUUCAAACGAAAAGGACAGUCAGUGGAAAGAAAACCUGACGAUGUACAAGAAAAGUCUGUUCUAUCGGAAUCUACGAUUAAAGACAUGGGAGAUAGUGAUACCUUCCUUAAAGAUGAAAUUGACAGAUAUCAUGAUGUACAUGCUAUUAAAGAAACUUCUAUUGCUAAAGUACCCAGUCAAAGCAUUGAUAGUAAAGAACCAGAAAACACUACUAAAAAAUCUAAAAGCAAAAAAGAAAUCGUCGGUCCAAUAUUUGGAAUCGAUAAAAUUAAGGAACCCAUAGAAAAGGAUCAAAUAACUAUUCAAGAACGAAGACCUAUUUUGUCAACAGAUGUUGUUAAAAAUAUGGUUGAAACUGACACAUUUUUAAAAGAUGAAAUUUAUCAUUAUCACGACGUUAAGCCCCUCAAAGCACGUGACACAACUUUAGUGUCACCAACAAAAACAAAAUCUGAAACAGUGGAAAUUUCAGACCGGGGUGAGAAAUCCCCAAAGAAGGGAAAAGGUAAGACAAGCAAAGAUAGUGGUAUUUUAGGAAUAUUUAAGAAAAAAACAGCAUCAUUUGAGGUAAAUGAAAAUCUUGGACCAGUUGAUGAAAAAAUAAUACAAAAAGAUGAAAAGGACCAACACCGUGGUAUACAUUCUAUAAUUAAAGAACCCGCUGUGCAAGAAGCUAAAGUUGAACUAGUUAGUAAAGUUGAAGAUGUUAAAGUCCAACACAUUUCUGAUAAAUCACCACAAAAAUCAAAACAAAAAUCAGAAAAAGAAGGUGGAACUCUUUUUGGAAUAUUCAAAAAGAAAGAUGGAUCUCUUGAAAAAGGGACUAAACUUGAAGCUGUUGAUAAAGCUGGAAAACCAAUUUUAUCUGAGACUGUAGUUAAAGAUAUGGAAGUUAGUGAUACAUUUUUAAAGAAUGAAGUAGCUCGAUACCAUGAUGUGAGACCUAUUAUUACGACAACUGUUGAUACACAAGUGGUUCAAACAGAAAUCACUCCAGUGCAACAGACAACCGAAAAGUCACCUACGAUAACAAAACAAAAAUCAGAAAAAGACGGCGGAAGCCUCUUUGGAAUCUUUAAAAAGAAAGAGGGGUCUCUUGAUAGAGAAACUAAACUUGAGACUGUGGAUAACGCUAGAAAACCAAUUUUGUCUGAGACUGUUGUUAAAAAUAUGAAAGACAGCGACACAUUUUUGAAAGAUGAAGUUGAUAGAUAUCAUGAUGUGAGACCCAUUAUUACGACAACUAUUGAAACAAAAGUGGUUCAAACAAAAACUACUCCCGUGUUACAGACACAAGAAAAGUCACCUAAAAAAACAAAACAAAAAUCAGAAAAGGAAGGCGGAAGUCUCUUUGGCAUAUUUAAAAAGAAAGAGGGAUCUCUUGAAAGAGGAACCAAACCUGAAACUGUUGAUAAAGCUGGAAAACCAAUUUUGUCUGAGAAUGUUGUUAAAGAUAUGGAAGACAGCGACACAUUUUUGAAAGAUGAAGUAGAUAGAUACCAUGAUGUAAGACCUAUUAUUGUCAAAACUGUUGAAACAGAAGUGGUCCAAACCGAAACUGCAACAGUGCAACAGACAUCUGAUAAGUCACCUAAGAAAUCAAAACAAAAAUUAGAAAAGGAAAGUGGUGGACUUUUUGGAAUAUUUAAAAAGAAAGAAGGAUCUCUUGAAAGAGGAAGUAAACUUGUGACUGUUGAUAAAGCUGAAAAACCAAUUUUGUCUGAAACUGUUAUUAAAGAUAUGGAAGAUAGCGACACAUUUCUGAAGGAUGAAGUAGAUAGAUACCAUGAUGUGAGACCUGUUAUCAGUAGUAUUGUUGAACCACAUGUAGUUCAAACAGAGACUAUUCUAGUACAACAAGCAACCGACAUGUCACCUGAGAAAUCAAAACAAAAAUCAGAAAAGGAAGCUGGUGGUCUUUUUGGAAUAUUUAAAAAGAAAGAGGGAUCUCUUGAUAGAGGAACUAAACUUGUGACUGUUGAUAAAGCUGGAAAACCAAUUUUGUCUGAAACUGUUAUUAAAGAUAUGGAAGAUAGCGACACAUUUUUGAAGGAUGAAGUAGAUAGAUACCAUGAUGUGAGACCUAUUAUCAGUAGUAUUGUUGAACCACAAGUAGUUCAAACAGAGACCAUUCUAGUACAACAGGCAACCGACAAGUCACCUAAGAAAACAAAACAAAAAUCAGAAAAGGAAGGCGGAAGUCUCUUUGGCAUAUUUAAAAAGAAAGAGGGAUCUCUUGAAAGAGGAACCAAACCUGAAACUGUUGACAAAGCUGGAAAACCAAUUUUGUCUGCGACUUUUGUUAAAGAUAUGGAAGACAGCGACACAUUUUUAAAAGAUGAAGUAGAUAGAUACCAUGAUGUAAGACCUAUUAUUGUCAAAACUGUUGAAACAGAAGUGGUCCAAACCGAAACUGCAACAGUGCAACAGACAUCUGAUAAGUCACCUAAGAAAUCAAAACAAAAAUCAGAAAAGGAAGGCGGAAGUCUCUUUGGAAUAUUUAAAAAGAAAGAUGGAUCUCUUGAAAGAGGAACUAAACCUGAAACUGUUGAUAAAGCUGGAAAACCAAUUUUGUCUGAAAAUGUUGUUAAAGAUAUGGAAGACAGCGACACAUUUUUGAAAGAUGAAGUAGAUAGAUACCAUGAUGUGAGACCUAUUAUUGCCAAAACUGUUGAAACAGAAGUGGUUCAAACCGAAACUGCAACAGUGCAACAGACAUCUGAUAAGUCACCUAAGAAAUCAAAACAAAAAUUAGAAAAGGAAGGUGGAAGUCUCUUUGGAAUAUUUAAAAGGAAAGAUGGAUCUCUUGAAAGAGGAAGUAAACUUGUAACUGUUGAUAAAGCUGGAAAACCAAUUUUGUCUGAGACUGUUAUUAAAGAUAUGGAAGAUAGCGACACAUUUUUGAAGGAUGAAAUAGAUAGAUACCAUGAUGUGAGGCCUAUUAUCAGUAGUAUUGUUGAACCACAAGUAGUUCAAACAGAGACUAUUCUAGUACAACAGGCAACCCACAAGUCACCUAAGAAAUCAAAACAAAAAUCUGAAAAGGAGGGUGGUGGUCUUUUUGGAAUAUUUAAAAAGAAAGAGGGAUCUCUUGAAAGAGAAAGUAAACUCGAAACUCUUGUUAAAGGAGAAAAACCAAUUUUGUCUGGUAUUGUAGUUAAAGAUAUGGAAGAUAGUGACACGUUUUUGAAGGACGAGAUAAAAAGAUACCACGAUGUGAGACCUAUUGUCACAAGAACAACGGAACCGCAAAUGGCUCAAAUAAAAGAUGUUACAGUACAGCAGACAACCGAAAAGUCGCCUAAGAAAUCAAAACAAAAAUCAGAAAAAGAAGGAAGUCUCUUUGGAAUAUUUAAAAAGAAAGAGGGAUCUGUUGAGAAAGCCACUAAAGUGGAUCCUGUUGAUAAAAGUAAAAACCAAAUUCUAUCUGAUGUUGUUGUUAAGGAUAUAGAAGUUAGUGACACAUUUUUGAAAGACGAAGUAGAGAGAUACCACGAUGUAAGACCUAUUACCACAAGAAGAAUUGACCCUCAAAUAACUCAAAUAGAAACAGAAACACAUAAAAAUAAAAUAGGUCCAAUAUUUGGUGUAGAUAAGAUGAAAAACCCAGUCGGCACAACUGCUUCCAUGCUGUCAGCAUUAGCAGUACAAGAAAUGACUAAUAGUGAUAGAUUCCUUCAAGAGGAAGUUAACAAAUAUCAUGACGUUAAACCGAUUAUUUCCCAAAAAGUUAAAGAAAUAUCUGUCCCAUCCUAUAGUGCGAAAAUUGAUGAAACGCCUGUUGUAAAACAAUCAAUCGAAAUAUCGCCCAAGAAAUCCAAAGAAAAAGGAGUUUUAAACGUAUUAAAGAAAAAGGUUUCAGUAGAAAAAACUACGCCAGAAAAUAUAGUAGCCGAAAAUGUUGAAGUAGAUUCUACUAACCGUACUUCAAAUGUAGAACCAGAUCAAAAAUAUUCUGAAAUUCUCGAAGUGCUUGAAAAAGCUGAACAACAAACACAACAACCAGAUUUUGUAAAACAUUUAACAUUAGAACCAGAACGAAAAAUUGUUACCAUUGAACGAGAAAUUACCAUAGAAGUAUUUGAUUUGCCAAAUAAACCAGUAAUAGAACAACGUUCAAUAGUGGAUUCCAAUGAUUUUCUUAAUAACGAAAUAGAAAAAUAUCACGACGUACGACCGAUUAUUACCAAAAAUGAAGUCGCACCGUCCGAAAUUAUAGAAACGUCUAAACCAGUUCUUGAAAAACCAAAAUAUCAAAUAGACAAAGAAGAAAAAGCGAUAAGUAAAUCUAAAAAGAAAGAAACGGGUGGUAUGUUUGGUAUGUUUAAAAAGAAACCAAAAGAAAUUGGAACACAACCAGUAUCAGAAGAAAUAAUCGAACAGAGUCAGCAAGCGAGUACCGUCUUAGAAGAAGAAGUCAACAAACAUCAUGACGUUCGUCCUUUUGCUGAAGAAAAAAUUGUUACAGCCAAACCCAUUAUAAAAGAAUCUAUUGUUGUCACUAUGGAACCAAAUUUAGGUACUUCCAGUGUCAGCACUAAAACUGAAACAACCAAGGAAAGAUUUGUUGCUUCAGAAGACCAUAUUAAAGAUAUAAAAACAGAAACUAAAACGAAAACUACUAAGAGGACCAUUACAACCGAAGCUACUUUCUCUCACUCUUCUAAAGUUGGUGAUUUACAUAAAGAUAUUACUACUGCUCAUGGUGUAACAGAAACAACUUCUGCUGCAACACAAUCAGAUAUAGCUUCUACAAAACCUGUGGUAUUUGAAACAACAUUACAAAAUAUUGACGACCCCAAUGGAUUCUUAAAGACGGAAGUUGAAAAAUAUCAUGACGUAAGACCAAUCAUUAAGUCUUCUGAUCAAUUACAACAGGAGUUAGUUAAGGCUUCUGAACCAAUACUCCAAGAAACUAUUGAUAUCAAAAUGGAAUCAACUCCAAAAAAACAGAAAAAAGAUAGUGGACUUCUGGGAUUAUUUAAAAAGAAAUCUCAUGAUGAUAAACCAAGCACAAGUCCUCCUCGCUUAUCUGAAAUUGUUGUUCAACAAAUGAAAGACAGUGAUAACUUUUUAAAAGACGAAAUAGAUCAAUUCCAUGAUGUUCGUCCAAUAGUUUCAGAAACUAAUCUAGAAACUGCAGUAAACAAGGAUAUUCAAUUAGUACAAAAAAAGAGUACAAAGACAGAUAAUGCUGACGCACAAAAAGGUGGUCUUUUUGGUUUAUUUAAAAAGAGAGAAGGUUCUACUGAGAGAGAUAGAGAUAUUAAAGUUAAAUCGGGAGAAUUUAAUGAACCUACUAUAGCUAAGAAGAAAACAGGAUCCUUAGAAAGAGAACGCAAAGAAAAAAUUAGUCCCAUUUUUGGUAUUAAACAUCAAAAGCGUAAUAUUUCAGAAACUACCCUUAAAGAUAUGAAUGAAAGUGACACAUUCUUAAAAACAGAAGUUGAUAAAUAUCAUGACGUUAAACCAAUUGUUGGACAAGAUCUUGUUGUUAGUAAAACAAUUGAAUUAAAAACUCCCAAAACAGUUAAAGACGAAGAAACGCAAGACGAAAAAGGAGGAUUAUUAGGCAUUUUUAAGAAAAAGACUUCUUCUCUGGAACCAGAUGUAAAAAGUGUGCCGAAAGAAGUAACCGAACAAACAAAACGUGUAAUUGGCAAAGAUGAAACUGUUAUACCCGAACAUAAACAUGACAAAUCAAUGAAAAUUUUGACUGUCAAAACACCUAGUCUCUCUGACAAUACCAUUAAAGAUAUGUCUGAUAGCACAAAUUUCCUACAAACAGAAAUACACUACUUUCAUGAUGUCCGACCAGUUGCGAAUCAAAUAACUGUUAAGAUGCCCGUUGAUCAGUUGGAAAAAAAAUCUAGCAAAAAAUCGAAAGGUACAGGUAGCUUGUUUGGUAUGUUUAAGAAAAAGAGUGAAUCGGUAGAAAAAGACCUAAAAGAACAAAGUAAGAAAGGAACUGAGAAAACCAAGGAUAUAAGUCAAGAACUGGAAACAUCAACAAUUGCUCACGAAGAGAAACCUAGUUUAUCCCAAGCAACUAUUACAGACUUAACUGAUAGUACUAGGUUUUUGGAAAAAGAAGUUGAAAGAUACCAUGAUGUACGUCCAAUUGUCAAAACUUCUGAAAUAGUAGAACAUAUGACCAAGCCUGUAACAUUAACUUCAGUAACUUUACCAGACACAUCAUUUACUACAAAAGAAACAAUAAUACGCGAGGAAGGACAUAAAACUAGUCAGUCCGCUACGAUUAAUGAUGAAAAAUUAUUUGAAAACUUAAAAGACGAGAGUCCAAAGCGAACAAUAACUACUACAGUUACAAAAAAAGAAAUACCUCACGGCGAAAGAGUAAAAAAAGUACAAACAGAAGUUAUAACAGGUACAGUUCAGUUAGAUCCAGAUAUUCUAGCUGACGUAGACAAACUCGAAAAAGAAAUAAAUUCUGAACUUGAAAGACUAAGAAAUCAAACCAGUGCUUCUCAGGAUAGAAAAGAUGAAUUUACAAAAACAGUAGACGUUGUUGAAACAUCUAAACCUACUCUAAAGCAAGAAGUUAUCGCUUCAGAAAGUAAACCACAACUAUUAGACACAGUUAUUAGAGAUAUUAAUGACACCAAUGCGUUCUUAGAAACUGAAGUGGAUAAAUAUCAUGACGUACGACCUGUAUUAAGUCAAAAAGAAGACGUUUCUGUUUAUGUCAAACCAAAAGAACCUUCCCAGCUAGAAGAAAAAGCUAAAAAGAAAAGAGAGAAGGAUAAAGAAAGCAAAGGUGGGUUAUUUGGUAUUUUUAGAAAAAAGGGAGAUUCUUUAGAGAGAGGUUCCAAUCUUGAAACUCUUGAUAAAAAUGAUAGACCUAUUUUAUCGCCCAUGGUUGUGAAAGAUAUGUCUGACAGCAAUUCAUUCUUAAAGGAAGAAGUAGAACAAUAUCAUGAUGUUAGACCAAUAAUAAAAACACCUAUAAGCGAAUCGGUUUUGGUUACCAAACCGGAACAUACGGCAACAUUAGAAAGUACACAUUUAAUCGACAAAAAACAUGACAAGAAACCUACAGAAGAAUCUAAAAAGCAAGACGACAAAAAUGCAGAUACCCCUAAAGGGAGUGUCUUUAGCAUUUUUAAAAAGAAGACAAGUUCUUUAGAAAGAGGUAUUAAAGGUUUACCAACGGAAAAGUCUGAAAAAGUUAGUCCUAUAUUUGGAAUCAAAAAGGAAAAGCAGAGAUUAUCGGAAAAGACUAUUGAAGAUAUGGCCAAUAGUAAUACCUUCUUACAAACAGAAAUUAAUAAAUACCAUGAUGUAAGAAUGGCGUCACAAAAAAUUGAAGAAAAACCCCAACACAGUACACCAGAAGAUAAAAAGAUUGAUAUGAAAACUUCUUCAAAAGAUCACGGAAAAAAAGGUGGCUUAUUUGGUAUAUUUAAGACAAAGACUGGCUCUAUUGAUAGAGACGUUCCAGACAUAUCUAAAGAAAUAAGAGCAGAAACUAAAAAAGAAAUUACAGAAGCUUAUUCAGGUUUAAAUACCUUGGUACCACAUGAAAGUCAUACGUUCCUAACAACUGAAAUUGAGAAAUAUCAUGAUGUUAAGCCCCUAUUUCAAAAAGAUUCAAAACCAGUAACAGCAUCACCAGCAGCACAAACGCUCGAAAUAAAAAAGGACCAAAUGCAACCUAUUAAAGAAAAAAUUACGAUCAAAACUAGUGACAAAUUAUUUGAGAGCCUUAAAGAUGAAAGUCCCAAAAAAACAGUUACUACAACAAUUAGUAAAGAAGAAAUUCCCCAUGGUGAACGAGUUACCAAAGUAAAAACAGAAAUAUUAACUGGUACAAUACAGCUUCCUUCAGAUGUUUUAUCAGAUGUGGAGAAAUUAGAAAAAGAAAUUAAUGAAAAACUAAAUGAUUUAAGAAAAGAAAGUGAUCCUUCAGAGGAUAUCAGCACCGAGAUAAUAAAGGAAACUCAAGAAGUAUAUCAGAAAGUAACAGAGGUGGAUGUCCCUCCUGUAAAGAUAGAUAUAGCUAUUUCAAAAGAAGUCUACAAACUUUCUGAAUCAGUCACAGAGAACAUGGAUAAUAGCAGCAAAUUUCUGGAUACAGAAGUCGAUAAAUAUCACGACGUUCGACCUGUUAUAAAGACAGCCGAAACGCAAGUUGUUACAGUUACUACCAAGCCUGAAGAAUCUGUAAAAUCUGAAGAUAAGUCGAAGAAAAAAGAUAAAGAUAAGGACGGAAAAGGUGGCUUGUUCGGUAUAUUUAAGAAAAAGGGUGGAUCAUUAGAAAGGGGCGCCAAAUUAGAACCUGUUGGUAAAGAUAGACCUGUUCUAUCAGAUACAGUUGUAAAAGAUAUGCUUCAUAGCAAUUCUUUCUUAAAAGAUGAGAUAGACCGAUAUCAUGAUGUUAGACCCAUUGUUAGGCAACCAGUUGAAGAAGAGCAUAUUAAAGUAGAUGUCAGAGCAACUCCUGAAGAACAAAAGCCGGAAAAAGUUCCAAGAAAAUCAAAAGGAAAAGGAGACAAAGAAAGUGGUGGUAUUUUUGGCAUUUUUAAAAAGAAAACAGAAUCUAUUGAAAAAGACCUUAAAGAUGAAACUAAAUCAGUUAAACAAGAUUUAAAAGAAUCAGGUGAAAUCGUUAAAACUAAAGUAACAACUAUUACUAAAAAGAUAUCUCCCGAAGAAACUCAAAAAAUGUCGGAAAUAAGACUUAAAGAUAUAGAUGAUAGUAACAAUUUCUUAAAUUUGGAAAUUGAAAAGUAUCAUGAUGUUAGAGUAAUUCCUCAAAGUGACUCAUCGAAAACAAUAAAAGUAAUAUCAGCACCUAUACUAGAACAAAAUCUAACAACAGAAAAAGUCCAACGUCAAACUAUUAAAGAAAAAUUAUUUAAAGAAACUAGUGACAAUUUACUUGACAGCCUAAAAGACGAAAGUCCCAAAAGAUCAGUCACUACAACAAUUACUAAAGAAGAAAUCCCUCAUGGUGAAAGAGUUACCACAGUAAAAUCAGACAUAUUAACUGGUACAAUACAACUUACUUCGGACAACUUAACGGAUAUAGAAAAAUUAGAAACAGAAAUUAAUGAAAAGCUAAACGAUUUAAAAAAAGAAACUGAUACUUCAAAAGCUAUCGGUACCGAGAUGGUAAAGGAAUCUCAAGAAGUAUAUCAGAAAGUAACCGAGGUGGAUGUGCCCGCUGUAAAGAUGGACAUAGCUAUUCCAAAAGAAGUCUCCAAACUUUCAGAAUCAGUCACAGAGAACGUUGAUAAUAGCAUCAAAUUUCUGGAUACAGAAGUCGAUAAAUAUCACGACGUUCGACCUGUUAUAACGACAGCCGAAACGCAAGUUGUUACAGUUACUACCAAGCCUGAAGAAUCUGUAAAAUCUGAAGAUAAGUCGAAGAAAAAAGAUAAAGAUAAGGACGGAAAAGGUGGCUUGUUCGGUAUAUUUAAGAAAAAGGGUGGAUCAUUAGAAAGGGGCGCCAAACUAGAACCUGUUGGUAAAGAAGAUAGACCUGUUCUAUCAGAUACAGUUGUAAAAGAUAUGCUUGAUAGCAAUUCGUUCUUAAAAGAUGAGAUAGACCGAUAUCAUGAUGUUAGGCCCAUUGUUAGGCAACCAGUGGAAGAGGAGCAUAUUAAAGUAGAUGUCAGAGCAACUCCUGAAGAACAAAAGCCGGAAAAAGUUCCAAGAAAAUCAAAAGGAAAAGGAGACAAAGAAAGUGGUGGUAUUUUUGGCAUUUUUAAAAAGAAAACAGAAUCUAUUGAAAAAGACCUUAAAGAUGAAACUAAAUCAGUAAAACAAGAUUUAAAAGAAUCAGGUGAAAUCGUUAAAACUAAAGUAACAACUAUUACUAAAAAGAUAUCUCCCGAAGAAACUCAAAAAAUGUCGGAAAUAAGACUUAAAGAUAUAGAUGACAGUAACAAUUUCUUAAAUUUGGAAAUUGAAAAGUAUCAUGAUGUUAGAGUAAUUCCUCAAAGUGACACAUCGAAAGUAAUAUCAGCACCUGUACCAGAACAAAAUCUAACAACAGAAAAAGACCAACGUCAAACUAUUAAAGAAAAAUUAUAUAAAGAAACUAGUGACAAUUUACUUGACAGCCUAAAAGACGAAAGUCCCAAAAGAUCAGUCACUACAACAAUUACUAAAGAAGAAAUCCCUCAUGGUGAAAGAGUUACCACAGUAAAAUCAGACAUAUUAACUGGUACAAUACAACUUACUUCGGACAACUUAACGGAUAUAGAAAAAUUAGAAACAGAAAUUAAUGAAAAGCUAAACGAUUUAAAAAAAGAAACUGAUCCUUCAAAAGCUAUCGGUACCGAGAUGGUAAAGGAAUCUCAAGAAGUAUAUCAAAAAGUAACCGAGGUGGAUGUCCCUCCUGUAAAGAUGGACAUAGCUAUUCCAAAAGAAGUCUCCAAACUUUCAGAAUCAGUCACAGAGAACAUUGAUAAUAGCAUCAAAUUUCUGGAUACAGAAGUCGAUAAAUAUCACGACAUUCGACCUGUUAUAACGACAGCCGAAACGCAAGUUGUUACAGUUACUACCAAGCCCGAAAAAUCUGAAGAUAAGUCUAAGAAAAAAGAUAAAGAUAAGGACGGAAAGGGUGGCUUGUUCGGUAUAUUUAAGAAAAAGGGAGGAUCAUUAGAAAGAGGUGCCAAACUAGAACCUGCUGGUAAAGAAGAUAGACCUGUUCUAUCAGAUACAGUUGUGAAAAAUAUGCUCGAUAGUAAUUCGUUCUUAAAAGAUGAAAUAGAUCGAUAUCAUGAUGUUAGGCCUAUUGUUAAACAACCAGUUGAAGAGGAGCAUAUUAAGGUUGAUGUCAGAGCAACUCCUGAAGAACAAAAGCCUGAAAAAGUGCCUAGAAAAUCCAAAACAAAAGGAGAAAAAGAAAGUGGAAGCAUUUUUGGAAUGUUUAAAAAGAAAGCAGGAUCUGUUGACAGAGAUAUUAAAGAAGAAGUAAAAGAAGUGAAAAAAGAUGCAAAAGAAAUAAUUCAAACAGUUCCUUUUUCUAUUCAAACUAAAUCUGGACUGUCAGAUACAGUUGUUAAAAACAUGGAUGACAGUAAUAACUUCUUAUACACAGAAAUUGAAAAAUAUCAUGAUGCACGCCCAAUUAUUAAAAAAAUCGAUAAAGUGGAACUAGUUACAACAAGUAGAAUAGGCACAACACUAUCAGAACCAAUGAAAACGAAGAUACAAGAUAAAAAAGUCAGCCAUACGGAAUCUCCAGAAAAAGAUUUAAAGAAUGUAUGUGCUGAAACUAUUAAAGAGCCAAUUGAAUCCAUUAAAAAAACUAAGACAGAAGUAUCUACGUUAAAAUCAAGUGUACUUACAGACAUUGGCCAACCCGAUCUGACUGGAUUGACUGAUAGCAGUAGUUUCUUGGAAACUGAGGUAGAUAAGUACCAUGAUGUACGGCCUCAAUCAAAAUCAAAAGAUGAAGCAGAAAUUGUAACAAAAACUAAUGUGAAGCAAACGGAGAAACCUAAAAAACCGAGAGAAGUAGAUGAUGCCAAAGGAGGAGUAUUUGGUAUUUUUAAGAAAAAGACAGGUUCUUUAGAAAGGGAAGUGAAAGUUUUACCAAAAGAAAAGCCUGAGAAAGUAAGUCCAAUAUUUGGUAUUAAAAAGAAAAAACCAAAGUUAUCGGAAGAAACACUUCAGAACAUAACGCACAGUAAUAGUUUCUUACAAACUGAAAUAGAUAAAUAUCACGACGUAAGACCAAUGGGAGAUAACGACAUAAAAGUUACCAAGGAGAUUAUUUAUCAUGACGUAAGACCAAUUGUUGAUAAUGUAGAAGAGACCAAAGUUAAAUUCAAAGAACCUAUCUCUAUAGAUAUUCCUCCUUCUAAAACAGAAAUUUCCAAUACUGAACGGGCUCCUGAAGCUAAAUUGAUUACAACAACUCACGUUACACACGAAAUUUAUACGACUGAAUUACCUUCGAAAGAACAAUUCGACGAAAUAACACAAAAAAGUAAGGAAGACAAUAAAAUGUUUCUCAAAGACGAAGUAGAACAAUUUCACGAUGUAAGACCAAUAAUCAAAUCCCUAGAACCUGUCGAAGACACACAGCUUACCAAAAAAGCAAAACAUACAGAAACUGUUGUUGUCGGGCCAAUGCCUUCAACAACGACUGACGAGAAAUAUGUAAAAGAAACCAAAACUAAAGAAGGCAAAGGUCUGUUCGGAAUGUUUAAGAAAAAGGAUUCUGAAGAAAAGGAGAUUAAACAAAAAACAGAUACCAUAGAAAAAUCACCUAAAAAGGAGGAAAAAUCUAACAAGAAAGAUCAUGAACUUGCGCAAGAAGUUCAAAAACCAAUAUUUGUAGACGUUACUAAGUCUAUGAAUGAUUCAGAUAAUUUCCUCAGAAGUGAAAUUGAAAAAUAUCAUGAUGUUCGACCAUUGGAACGAGUACCGAGUGCACCGGCGGCCACAGAAAUCGAGGUAGUUACCAAAACAACCUCAGAUCAAGAAGUUAAAGCAAGUCCUUCAAAAAUUAGCAAACCAGAGUCUGAAGGCAAUAAACAAAUUAUUAUUACAGAAAAACAUUUUAUUAAAGAAGGUGGUUAUUUAAACGAAGUGUUCGUGAAAGAAACAACCGAAAAGAGAGUCUAUACAACUGACAUGAGAACGGCAGAAGCUGAAGAACUAAAAAGACUUCACGAGACGUCUAACUUUUUGAAUACUGAACUGGAUAAAUACGAAGACAGUAAACCAGAAAAAUCUGACACUGCACAACCAGAAAAGUCCACUCAGGAAUUACAAAAUUUGGUUUCUUCUGGUGACUUUUUAAGGGAUGAAAUAAACAAUUAUCACGACGUAAAGCUCACUGCAAAACAAGACGAGCCUUUAAUAAAAGAAAAGGAAAAGAGUAAACGGUUUGGAGGACUAUUUUCCAAAAAGAAAUCUUCUGACAAAGAACAGGACGGUAAACCUAGUAAGGAAGAAACCAGCAAAUCCAAAGAUAAAAAGAAAUCAAAAAAAGAAAAGGACGGUGCAGCUAAACCUGAAAGCCAAGAUUUCUCUAAGAUAGAAACCGACCGCUAUCAGGAAGGUAAAAAAUCAAAAGAAGAGAGUGGUAGUUUCUUUGGUCUGUUUUCAAAGAAAACCAAACCUCAAGAAAAAGACAAAAGCAUUGAACAAGAAAGAGCGCAUAAGCUGUCUACCGAAGUCCUUCAAAACAUGAAACAAAGCUCGGACUUCCUAGAUACAGAAGUAAAGGUUUAUCAUGACGUACGUCCAGAACUGGACAAAAGUUUUACAGAUGAUAAUUUCCAACCAGUCACACUGUCACCUAUCGACACAUCGUUUACAUUAACUACAGAAACUACUAAACACGAAGAUCACAUUAAACAUGAAAGACACAUCCAAACAGAAGAGACCCAAAAAUCAAGUCAAUCAUACACUACAGAUGAAGCAUUUGCGGAAACUGUAUCAGAGGAAGGUCCAAAAAGAACGAUUACUACUACCGUUACUAGGCAAGAAAUACCCCAUGGAGAAAGAACAACUAAAGUAAAGACAGAAGUUAUAACAAGCACAAUUCAGUUAACACCCGAUGUAUUGAAUGAUAUAGAAAAAUUAGAGAAAGAAAUAAACAUGAAGUUGGAAGAACUAAGAAAACAAACCGAUUCUACCGAAGAUCUCAGCAAGCAAACUUCUUAUAGUAUUGCAUCCGAUGAUCAGUUUCCUCGUGAUGUGAUAAUCCCAGAAGUUUCAAAUGAAGUUACAUCUUACACACUUGAAAAACCAAUUGUCAAAACAGAAGUUACAGGUAGUCAAGAAUUGUUUGGCAAAAGGCUUCCUUCUGAAAUUCCUGGCACUCCUCUUCCGGGUAAAAUUUCUGAGUUAUCUUUUGAUCAACCGCCUCCGAGAGACGGAAAACUAUCUAGUGAAACACUAAAACAUAUGCAAGAUAGCCACAGCUUUCUAGUGACUGAACUAGAAAACUAUGACGAUGGGAAAUUAGAAAUUGUUACUGAUCUUGACGAAGACCCUAAGGUCAAAUCCUCAGGAUUAUUCGGAAUAUUUAGUAAAAAAGACAAAUCCGAAAGCCCUAAAAUCGCAAAAAGAAAAUUGAAGAAGCCAAAAGAGAAGUCUGUAGAAGAAGUUGAAAAAGUUGGAUUUUUAGACAAAUUAGGUCGAAAACUAACAGGUGCGAAAUACGAUGUGGAAGAAGCUUCCAAGAGUAUGAAUGAAUCAGGUACUGAAAUUUUAAGAAAAACAGAUGAUACUUUAGAUACAACAGCUGCUGCAGUUUCUACUGCAAUCGAUACUGUAGAAACCAAAAUAGAAAAAGAAUAUCAAAAAGACAAAGAAUUGGUACACCAAAAGCAUGAAGCUUUAUCUAAACAAGUAAGAGAUACAGCUGACAGUUUAUCAAAAGAAAGUGAUAAAAUACAACAAACUGUUACAACUAAAAUUAAAGAAACGGAUCAGAAAUUAGCAGACACUAAACAGCACACCACAGAAGUCGUUGGUGAACUAGAAAGAAAGCUUAAGGAAGAAGACAAAGCAACUAAGCAAGAAAUUUCAACAGCGGUAAAACAAGUAGAAAAUAAAAGUGGUGAAGUGAUUCAAGAAGGAAAAGAUUCAGCAGAAAAAGUAAGCAAAAAGACAACAGGUUUUUUUAGUAAAAUAACCGGAAAAAGUGAAGAAGAUAAAAAAGUAGAAAAGGAGAAAAAAGACAAAAAGGGUAAAAGAUCUCCAGGUUUCUUAUCUAAAUUAGGCGGUAAAAGCAAAGAAGUAUCAUUCGAACAGCCAGAAGCAACAAUAAUAACUGAAAAACAUGUUACAACUCAACCAGAAAUAACGAUAAGAGUUGAUGACGUCUUACAAACAGAAAAUCUAAUUAAAUCAGAAUCGGAAACAUUUUCUCAUGAUUUACUGAAAAGCUUCGAUGAAAAAUUAGAGCAUGUCAAAGAGGAACGUGAUGAUAUUAAAAAGAAGGCCAAAGAUGAAAUGAAAGAAUUUGAAAUGAGAACUGAAAAUAUUAAACGAGGCGUGUCAGAUAUUGCACAAAAACAAACUGUGACAAUAACUAGUACAGAAAAGCAGUUAAGAGAAAAAUCUGAUACUUUUGAAAAGAAAAUCGACGAAAAGUUCAGCGAAACCAUGAAACUGUCUGAAGAACUAUCGAAAAAACCUAAAGAAAUAAGUAAAAAAAUAACAACAGUUUCCGAAAAUAUACUUGAAACUCAGCGAAAGCAAAUACAAGCUGAUGUGAGUCUUCUUGAGGACGAUAUAGACAAACAAAGUAAAGAAGCUAAGGAAAAACUUAGCGAUGAUAUAAUCUACGUCCAAAAGGCAAUCAAAAUAGAAAAGAGCAAACUGGGCGACAUGCCAAAAGAUUUUGGCAAAAAAGUUGAAAAGAAAGUUGAAGGUAUUGAAAUAGGGAUAGCUUCAACUGUUCAAAAUGUAGAAGAUGCUGCAAAAACUUCCAAACCUGUACAAGAUUCUCCAAAAAAAAUUAUAAAACAAAUUGAUGACUCAGUUGCUUUUAUUAACAAAGGUUUAGAUCAGUUAGAAAAAACAGAGACUGGCAUUAGACAAGAAGCCACUAAGAUAAGAGAGGGAACAAUAUCAGUUGUUUCUAGUAAAGAAGCUGUUACAGAUCAAACAAAAAACACCAUAAAAUCAACUAAAGAUUUUUUUGACAAUGUAGAAAAUAAAUUAAUAGGUGCAAAAGAAGAAGCUGAAAAAGUUAUAACUGAAGAAUCUUACACAGAAAGUAAAGUUAAAAUUCCCGUAUAUGCUCCUAAAUAUGACAUAGGAUCAUUCCAUCAAAUAUCUGAUAUUCAACAAAAAACUCUGGACUUUUUGGAAUCUGAAAGUCAAAGAACAGAUGAUUCUAGAAUGAGUCGAGCGGUUUCUGAUUAUGGUACAACGUUAAAAGCAGGUGCGGAGGAAGGCGCUAGAAAAAUUUCUGAAGCCAACAUCGAUCUUUCAAAUUUUUCCACCGAAGAUGACGAACUAAUAAAAAAAGAAAAAACGACGUCAUAUGUUACAUCACCAACUUUCACUAGAAGAACGCUAUCGGCAAAAAUAACUAAAGGCGGGAGACCCCAAGUAGUAGAAAUCACUUACGACUCUUCUUUAGACAGCAGUUCUAGUAGUAGUUCUUAUAUAGUGACUGAGCCAGAUGACGCAGAUUCUAGAAGACAAAAGAAAACAAUUUUUCACAUAGAAUCUGAAGAGGGUGAUUUAAGUUCAAAAUCAGAUAGAGAAAGAAGAGAUAGUAGUAGUUCUAACGUAUUAGAGACUUUAACAGAAAGUAGAAUAGAAAGCUUACUGAGCGAUUUAACUAAAGACUUAGAUGAUUCGACAAAACCCAUACAGAUCGUAUUAAAAAAAGAAGAACAACGACUCAAAGAGCACAAAAAGGAAUCCCAAGCCGAGGUAGAUAUAAUAGAAAAGAAAUUGCGUGACUUAGACAGAGCUUUAGAUUCAUUAGAACAAGUAGAAAUAGUAGAACAAAUAGAGGACAAAGGGGAUGCGCGUACAGAGAAAAAACUCCGGCGGGUAGAACGCAAGUUCGAAAGAAUGGCAUCAGAAGUCCUUGAAAAAGAAUCGAAAGAAGGCAAAAAAGUACAAUUGACCAGCCCGGAGAUCGAAGGUAAACGCGAGAGUGACUACCAAACCGUGGUAUCGCAGCUUAGCACAGAAGAGAUCAGUGACUUCCAAAAAGAAUACAGCCACUUGUGGGACGAACAAACAUUCUCAAAGAGCAGUGAUCGAGAAUCAAAAACUCCUGACAGCCAAGCAGAUGCGCAAGAACUUCCACAAGGUGGCGAUAUUACUUCAACGUCAUCUUCCACUCGAGAAACUGCAACAACAUCAUCAUCUAGACCCGAAGGAGAAGAGGGAGCAGAAAAAGAUGAAUCUGAAUAUGAAAGGCGGGUGGCAGACCAGCACCAACUAUCCGAAGAGAUGAAAGAACUACUUAAAGAAUUAGAAAAAGAAAGCAAGCAAUAA